CCCUGCCUUUGCCUCAUGCAAAGAGAAGGCUUCUCUUUGGAUUUAACUCAGACAUCUGGAAAAAUGGUCUGGCUUCGAAAUCAGUUGUUGAGCAUGCUGCUGGAUGUAAUUCAGCCAGAUGAACUUCAUUUGUCCUCCGAGAUCCAAGAAAAAAUGUUCCAGGCCUUGGGCCCUGACUGGUUCCUGAUGUUUAUGCAAAGUCAUGUAAAUGAUACCACAGUUGUACUGGCAGCCAAAUUGCUUUUCCAUUUCUUGCACAACCGUGCACACCUGCAUGAGUUCAGAGACGGGAUGAUGGGGGGCCUGUGGCUGAGAAGCAGCUUAAAGGGGCUGAAUAUUUUGACUGACAAUUUGAAGAGUUCUCCCCAGUUAUUUGAGUAUCAUCCAUAUCCGCUCUCUGGAUUAAUGGAGCUGAAGAUGUUCCUGAGCUACUCACUCCACAUUCCGGAGAUUUACCUCCUUCUCUCAGGACUUCUUCUGGACACACCACUGUCCAAGCCACCAGAUGAAACCCAAGCAGGUUUGGGUGCAACACUAGAGUGGCUGCUGUGCAACCCUCACACAGGGACAGUGGUCAAAGCCGGCUUGUGCACAGAAGCCGCUGUUCUGCUGCUGGAGAUGGUCUCGUCCCUCACAAGGCAGAUUCCAGCAGAGGGAGAGGAUUCUUGGCAAACCAGCUUCUUAAAGGACGUCCUGCACUUCAUCCACCUGGUGUACCACAGAUCCCCUCAGGAUCCCCUCUGGUCUAAUCCUCACUUCCUCCAAGCCGCAGCCUUGGCUGCCUUCCCCUCUGGGCCAUCCCAGCCUCCAGCUAGGAAAGAAGUUUGGGACUUGGUUCAGCGUCUCCUGAGGGGAAUAAUGCUGCUGGACUGGAGGGACAAAAGGUGGCACCCGCUGGAGUUCAUUCUUGAGGCCUCUCCAGAGAACGCUGCUAUUGAGCAAAAGACGUCCUUCCAGACAGAGCUAUUGCUUUCCAUUAUGCAGAUUGUCUACAACCUUGGUCAAAAUUACAAGGAAGCCUCCGGUUCAACAGGAAGUGGUGAUACCAGGAACAUUUUGGAAUCUGCCAGGCCUUAUUUUCUCACAAAUGUUUGCUAUUUUACUCAGAAGCUGGUAGGCAAACUUCAUGAGGGAAUGUGUGUCACAGACCCGAGGAAGACCAUCCUUUUCAUUGCAGAGCACGUGCAAUUGGUAACAAGAAAGCUCUUUCCCCACAAAGAAUCAAUUUUGAGCAACUUGUACAACUGUUUGAACCACAGCAUCUUGUACUAUUUAUCGGACCCCUUUUCUGGGUCACAAAAUCUUCUGGAAGUUCUGCACACUCUUCAGACACAAUGGGACAUCAUCUUUGCAGCACACAAUUCUAGCCUGGAUUUCAUCGCAAGCUUUUUGUAUUGCCUGCUGCAGCUGAGAUCCAUGAGCCAGAGCUAUCCUGAAAGUGGUGAGGCGAAACGGAUGCCAGCUUUGGGUUGCCCUGUUUCUCUGGCCCCGAGAAAAGAGGAAGAGAGAACUGAUGGUGACCUUCCUGCCCUGGAGGAGGUUCAGCAAGAGAUCCAGAGGGCAGCUGAGGAAAUCUGGCUCCGGCUUCUUUCUGGGAGAAGAAAAGAUUUAGAGGACGCAUAUAAAAUCUCUUUAUUUAAAGAGAAAGGCGAUGGAGAAGAGACAAUGAAGAUGGCUGACGUAGCUCCUCUGUGGGAAGAAGCCAUGAGGAAGACCUGUCGGGGCUUUCUAGUGUCGGACAAGAAAAACUCCCAGAGCAAAAUUCUAGUCAGUGCUUCAAGCAAGAUGAGCCCUUUGAACGAGACCUCGACUCCCAGCAGGAACCUAAAACAGGAUUUUACAUCAUAUUUAGAAAAAUGCAGGAGAACUGGCCAAGAACUCUAUGCAGCUUUGUGCAAGGAUCACGUUGAGAGAUUGCUGUGCAUGCACUCUAAGUCUGCCAAAGCCUGGACUGAGCUUGAAGAUCGACUUUUUAGGAAGGGGGGCCCGUGGGGCUCUGCAGUAGCUUCUCCAGUUGCAAGGUGGGUCCUGGAUGCCUACGAAGGUCCUGCUCGGAUGAGGAAGAGGAUCCAGUUCAAAGUCGCCCACGAUCCAGCGGAACCACUGCAAGACAAGGCGCCUCCAGGAGUCAUUCCCUGUGCAGAAGCGGCCUGGCUCCGUCUUCAGGGCCUUCCCUGCAGCUCAAACCUUUCCUCUUUCCAGGCUCCCCAGACACGGAAGGCGGCCUCCCCUCCAGCUCUUGUGGCAGAUCAAGGUGAACGACCAGCCCUGAGCAGAGAAGCAGAAGCAGGUCGGGAUCAGCUGACAUUUUUUCCUGCCCUGCAUGAACAUCUCCAUUCGGAGGAGUUCAUGGAAGUCUGUGUGGAAAGGAAAAUCAUCCUCCAGGAAUUAGUACAAGAUGAAAAGAUUACCUGCCGGCUGUCUGUGGUGAUAGUUGACGGACACGUAGCGUUGGAAGGGGCGGUUCUCUUUGGCCGGGACCAUUUCUACCUCUGCAAGCAUUUUACUCUGUCCCACCUGGGGGAUGUUUAUUGCACGCGCCACUGCUUGUCCUGCAUCAGUGAGCCAUUCCUUUACAACUUGUGCCGCUCAACGGAGGCCAUGGCUGUGGAGCCCACGUGUUCCUGCCAUUCCUACGGUGACAUUCGGGAGAUCCGGCCAAUGCGUUUCCUUCUGCAGGAGGUCGCCCUGGAGAUCUUCUUAAACAACGGCUAUUCCAUGUUCCUUGUAUUCCACAACAGCGACAGGAAGAAGGUCUUGACAAGAUUUUGUUCAAUGAAAUCAAAAGGCACCACAGAUGAGUCUACUCAUAAAAGGUAUAUUUGCAUAUCCUAAUAUAGGACCAAUUAAAUGUUGUAGUUUUUUGUAUUAGCCCUUUCCUGACAUUUGCCUUAGAAACACUGAAUUUCAGCUUUGGGGGACAGAUGGUUCUUUCUCUAGCAAUCAUUUUUACUGCAGCUGUUAAGUGAGUCACAUGAUCAUUAAGUGAAUCUGGCUUCCCCAAUUGACUUUGCUUGUUGGAAGCCAGCUGAAAGGUCACAAGUUGUGAUCAGGUGACUGCAAGACACAACCGUUGUAAAUGUGAGCCAGUUGCCACCUGCCUGAAUUGUGAUCACGGGGCGCCGGGGAUGGGGUGGAGGUAGAGCAACAGUUAUAACUUUGAGGACAGGAAAGUCAUUUUUUCCCAGGCUGCUGUAACUCUAAAUCAUUUUUAAAUAAACAGUCGUAAGUUGAGGACUACCUGUACACAUUCAGGUAUAAAGUAAAUGGAUUUGCAUUCUCAGAGGCUAGCAUGACGUCAGAGUUCAGAUCUUGUUCUUCCACGCUCGUUUACUAUUUGGACAUAUUAACAUAACACUUAAAUAACAAAUGAAGGGAUUUCCAGUUAACGGAGGAACAGAAUGAGCACG